AUGUCGGUGGAGACGAGCACUCAUUGGUGUUACACUUGCGACGACACGAUCACACUGCAAAAUCGAGCCGUAACUUGCCCCGAUUGUGGUGGCGGUUUCAUUCAAGAACUCGAUUUCUCGGUCAGUCCCAACGCUGCCCAGGACCUGCCCGAGCGACCUCGUUUCAUGGAAGCCAUCUCCAAUUUCCUCCGGCAACAGUCUGCCCGAAACCCUAACCGGAACCCGCCUCCUUUAAACAGCAACUCGUGGAGCUCGUUUCUCGUUUUCACCGGCGACAUUCCGGCGAGAAUGCCCGGCGGCAAUGGCGGGAUGUUGGAUUUCCUCAACGAGACUCUAGGGUUCAGGCGGGAAAACGGAGGGGACUAUUUUAUUGGGCCGGGAGUCGAGGAGUUUUUUCAGAACGUCACCAUCAACAGCGACGACAAUCAGCAGCAGCGGGCCCCACCGCCGGCUUCGAGAUCGUCGAUCGAUUCUUUGCCGACGGUGAAGAUCGAGAGGAAGCACGUGCGGGAAGAGACGAGCUGCGCUGUGUGCAAGGAGAAUUUCGAGGUGGGGUCUCGUGUGAAGAAGCUCCCAUGCAAGCAUUUGUACCACUCGGAUUGUAUAGUGCCGUGGCUCGAGCAGAGGGGCUCGUGUCCAGUUUGUCGCCAGGUGUUGAUAGGUCGGGGCACGGGAGAAGAUUGUGAUAGGAGGAGAAGGAGGAAAAGAUGGUCGUUUUUGUGGCCAUUUGGUUCGUCUAGAUCGGGUUCGAGUAGUAACGAGACUGGCGAACGUAGUAGCCCAGUUGCGUAUCGUCAAGAUAGUCACUACUACAAUGGGUAUGCAACAAAUUGGCCUUUUGAAUAA